CAAGAUACUUAAGUAUGCCUUACCGUGCUGGAAUAAUGUUCUCCAGCUCAAGUCGUUCACUGCUACUACUCCUCUGGUCUGAUCUUCUCCACCGUCCUUAGAACGUCUUGUUUGUCAAUUCAAUAACAUAUAUCCACCUUAGGAGCAUUCACCCUGCUAGAUAUUAAGCUCUUGAUGGCUAGCAUUCAGCACUUUACAUUUCUUAUACUCCUCUCCACGUCUAUUCACGCUCUCCCAACAACAAACCCACCACAAUCUCAGGAUAACUUCUUAAACAAUCCAUGGUCUACAGAAGCUAUUCUAGGCCUAACAGCUAUUGUUGUAGCAGUUAUAUGCUGCGUAGUUAGUCUUGCCUGGCCUACUAUCUGCCGCCGAUUCAGAUGGCGAGGCACAGCAGCCCACUCGCUGAUUCCACUCGGUCCACAUCCUCCUACUCGUCCAGACCCAUUCGUCCAGGAGCCAUGGCAGCGGCCCCCGGUCACUACAUAUCACCAUUACAACUUCCACAUUGAUCGAGCCGUUAUCCAAACGGGACGGGAACCAUAAGGCUUUGUCUCUCUGAAAUCAAUCACUGCUGUCAAUUGCUACUUCCUCUUUCUACUGCCAAUCGUCACUGCCAAUCACUCUAUUGAUCGCCAUUGGCCGGAUCAAGCGAAAGCAGUGACAUGUACCUCCACUGGAACCCACCCGCAUCGCAGAUCGCAAGCGACUAUCCGUCCAGGGGGAUACCAAACCGUCGCCCAACAGUGAAACAGCGCGUCUGCAACAAGAACCGCGGAACUCAACCUUGAAACUGGUGCCCCCCGCCCCCUCCACACAAACACUAUCUCUCUCUCCCGUGCACACCUCCAUCUCCAUCUCAGACCGCAAACAACAACCGGAAGCUGCAUGCGCCACCGCAGACCACAACUUCCCUUCUCUUCUCUUAUUCCAACAGUUCCGCAGCCUGCCAAUCCACCGUCUACCCGAGCCUAAUCAGACAACCCGCCCCCCCCUAAGCAAACCCCGGUUCGCUACUGCUAUCACUAUUGCAG